AGGGGGGGCCGCAACCGGGUCCUUCCCCCCCCUAAACCGGGUGCCCUUUGACCCAAUGCCCCCCCCCAUGGCCUUACGGCGGCUGCACCGGAGCUGCGGCCUGCGGGGCCUCUCGGCCGAGGAAGCGGAGCGGGCCCGGGCGGCGCGGGCCCCCCCCCGGCAGAAGCUCAGCGAGGGGGCGAAGGAGAGGCCGGUGCCGGUGUCGCGGGUGGGGAGGAUGGCGAGCUUUGGAGGCCUCGCUCUGGGGCUUGGGAUGGGGGCCCUGGUGCAGGCAGCUCGAGCAAAGCUGGGGGGGGCUCCGCUGGGUCCCAGCUCCCUCCUGGCCGGAGCCAACGGGCGGCGCCUCGCGGGCGCCCUCUGCCGGACCCGGGGGGCAGCGCUGAAGCUGGGCCAGAUGCUGAGCAUGCAAGAUCCCGGUUUCCUGCCUCCGGAGCUGCAGCAGGCCCUGGAGCGCCUGCGGCAAGGUGCUGACUUCAUGCCCCGCUGGCAAAGCACUCAAGUCCUGGACCAGGAACUGGGCCCCGGCUGGAGGGAAAAGCUCUUGGAAUUCCAGGAUCUUCCCUUUGCGGCCGCUUCCAUCGGCCAAGUGCAUCUGGGGACGCUGCUGGAUGGUACCCGCGUGGCCAUCAAGGUCCAGUAUCCCGGGAUCGCCCAGAGCAUCCACAGCGAUGUGGAAAACCUCCUGGCUCUGCUGCGGAUGAGCUCGGCCCUGCCUGAGGGCCUUUUUGCUGAGAACUCCCUGGAAGAGCUGCGGAAGGAGCUGGAAUGGGAAUGCGAUUACCACCAGGAAGCCCAAUCCGCCUGCACCUUCCGGGAUCUCCUGCGGGACGAUCCCUUCUUCUCGGUGCCGCGGGUGGUGCCGGAGCUGUCGGCAGCGCGGGUCCUCACCAUGGAGCUGGGCAGCGGGAUCCCAUUGGAUCAGUGUCGGGAUCUGCCCCAGGACGUGCGGGAUGAGAUCUGCACCCAUCUCCUGCGCCUCUGCCUGCGGGAGCUCUUCGAGUUCCGCCUCAUGCAGACCGAUCCCAACUGGGCCAAUUUCCUCUAUGACCCCCCCCAGCACAAGGUGACGCUGUUGGAUUUCGGAGCCACGCGUUGCUUCGAUCAGGAAUUCACCGAUCAUUACAUUGAGGUGAUCCGGGCUGCGGCCGAUGGGGAUAGGGAACAAGUGCUGCAGAAAUCCCGGGAUCUCAAGUUCCUGACGGGAUUUGAGAGCAAAGCGCACGAGGCCGCUCACACCUCCGCCGUUCUCCUCCUGGCCGAGCCCUUUUCCCACCCGGGUCCCUUCGAUUUCGGGGCUCAGGGCACGGCGCGGGGGGUGCGGGCCCUGCUGCGGCCGCUGCUCCGGGGCCGCCUGGCGCCGCCUCCCCCGGUCUCCUACGGCCUCCACCGGAAGUUGGCCGGGGCCUUCCUGUGCUGCGCCCGCCUCCGCGGCCGCGUGCGCUGCCGGGAGCUCUUCCUGCGCAUGCGCGGGCUCCGAAUGGACCCGAAGGGCUCCGAACGGGGCCGAGCGGUUCCGAGGGGGCCCGAGCGGUUCCGAGUGGGUCCGAAGAGCUCCGAGCGGUCCCGAAGGGCUCCGAAUGAGACCGAGCGGCUCCGAAGGGCUCCGAGUGUGUCCGAAGAGCUCCGAGAGGGGGCCGGGGGCUUCCGAAGGGCUCCGAACGAGCCCCGGGAGUUCGGAAAGGAACCGAGGGUUUCCGAAGGGCUCCGAAUGGACCCGAAGGGCUCCGAGGGGGCCCGAGCGGUUCCGAACGGAACCGAGCAGUUCCGAAGGGCUCCGAGGGGGCCCGAGCGGUUCCGAAGGGCUCCGAAUGGACCCGAAUGA